UGUGACACCUCAGUCACGUGGAGUGGCUGGUAUCGUCUCUUCAUUAACGGUGUGAGUGCAAAGAUCCCAGACUCGUGUGUUGCUCAGUAUAGCUGUGGCACCCAGAUCCCACUGUGGAUUCGUGGUGGACACCCAACAGUACAGGAUGGAGUUGUCACUCGAGAUGUCUGUGGUCACUGGGACAAUUACUGCUGCUAUUACGGGUCUUACCCCAUUAAAGUCAAAGCCUGUCCAGGCAAUUAUUAUGUCUAUGAGCUGGUUAGACCAACUGUGUGCAAUUCAGCUUACUGUGCAGCUGUUAGCAGCAUCAACACCAGCCCAAGCGUCACACCAGCAACCAUCUCAACUGCUGUCACUAACAUUGAUAAAACAAUCACACCAGAGACGAGCUCAGCCGUGUAUACCUCUGUUGACCCCUGCUACAACUACACUGUACUGGACAAUCCAUGGAGAGCAACCAAUAAUACAUAUGCUUCUGUCAGAUAUUGUGACCAGUCAGUCACCUGGAGCGGCUGGUAUCGUCUCUUCAUUAACAACAUGCGCGCUCAGAUCCCAGACACGUGUGUGGCAUGGAGUAGCUGUGGCACUUAUAUAGGACUGUGGAUUCGUGGUGGACACCCAAAAGUAACAAGUGGAGUCGUCACUCGAGAUGUCUGCGGUAACGAUGGCAAUUACUGCUGCUAUUAUGGAUCUUUUCCAAUUAAAGUCAAAGCCUGUCCAGGCAAUUAUUAUGUCUAUGAGCUGGUUAGUCCAACUCUCUGCAAUUUAGCAUACUGUGCAGCUGUUACUAACAUCAGCACCACUGAUACAAAAAUCACACCAGAGCCGAGCUCGGCUGUUAUAAAUAUAACUGUGCCGGAAGGAUGCACCAGUCAGACCUCUGGAGAAUGUUUUCAAAAUCUUCUAAAGCAGAUAGAGAACAUUACAGAUCAAGAGCUUUCUUUGAAUACUGUGACAAACAUUCUGACUGUGGCCUUCAACACUUCAGAGAAGAUUUUGGCGUUAUCAUCAUCAGCAAACCCAACUGAACUGGCCUCCAAUGGAAACCGCAUGUUAAAAACCAGCGAGAAACUAAUUUCUACAUUAGUGAAGACAACAGACACAAGUGACAGUGUCAAUUUUACUCUUCCUGCUGUAG